CAGACAGCUCCGCAUCGUCGCCUCACAGAACCACCACAUCACCGCAGUUUCGAGAGCCCUUCCAAGACAUCAUUCAUCAGCCACAUUAUUGCGCCCGCUGAAGAAUGUCUGGACCUGAAGAGACAUGGAAGCGCCUUCAGCGCUCAUUGCAGAAUGCUCAGCGCAACGGUGGUUUCCCUCCACCAAAAGGUGCCGGCGCCGGUCUUGUUGGUCUUGUCGUCCUUGGUGGUGUUCUGAUGGUUGGUAACAAUGCACUGUUCAAUGUUGAUGGAGGUCAUCGUGCGAUAAAAUACACGAGGUUAGGUGGUGUCGGCAAGGAAAUCUACAACGAAGGAACGCAUAUUCGGAUACCGUGGUUCGAGACACCAAUCACCUACGACGUCCGCGCCAAACCUCGGAAUGUCGCCUCCCUCACCGGUACGAAAGACCUCCAGAUGGUGAAUAUCACCUGCCGUGUCCUCUCGAGACCACGCGUAGACGCUCUUCCACAGAUUUACCGCACCCUUGGGACUGACUAUGACGAACGAGUGCUCCCAUCGAUCGUCAACGAAGUCCUCAAGAGUGUAGUCGCUCAGUUCAACGCUUCACAACUUAUCACACAACGUGAAAAUGUGUCACGCAUGGUCAGAGAUAAUCUCGUCCGCAGAGCGGCCCGAUUUAACAUCAUGCUCGAUGAUGUAUCUCUUACCCACCUGGCCUUCUCACCAGAAUUCACCGCUGCCGUAGAGGCGAAGCAGGUUGCGCAACAGGAAGCUCAACGUGCCGCAUUCGUUGUGGACAAAGCUAGGCAAGAGAAGUCGGCAAUGGUCGUGAGAGCCCAGGGUGAAGCACGUAGUGCUGAGCUUAUCGGUGACGCUAUCAAGAAGUCUCGAUCGUACGUUGAUCUAAGAGAAUUCGAAAAUGCUAGGAACAUCGCGCAAAUUCUACAGAACGGAGCCAACAAGGUCUAUUUAGACUCGCAGGGACUUGGCUUGAACAUCAACCAAACUGCUAGCGACAAAGCCGCGAGGGCCAAAUGAGCGUUCCGAAAAAGUCAAUCGGUCUUUAGUAAUAUUCGCCUGUGACCAGAAUGUCGUACAUAGGCAAAGUCUCUGUAUUCUAAAAAGGGGGCAAUAUGUGGUAGCAAAGCAUUGUAAGCGGACCUCGCAAUCAUUCCACUCUGUAAUUAGUAUGGCGAAAAUGAAAUGCCUUUGAAAGCUUCCGAGCAAUCUCUGGAAAUAAUUUGACACUUAGCUCAAAUGUCUAAAUUCCAC